AGCAUGAAACGAAGUUACAGUAAUGAAGAAGCCCAUUCUAGUGAAAAAAGACAACGAUGUCCACAAACAGAUCUAUUGACUGCUUUAACUGAAGUACUGUCUGAAAUCAGAUCGACUCCUUCUACUGGUGAAAUCUCUGCUGAAUUGAUGGAAACCUUCAAGGUGUUAAUGCUACAGAUCGAAGAACUUUCAUCAGAUGAAACUAACCUUGAAGGCAAAUUAGUGAAGGAUGAAACGGAACGAUGUCUUGAAUCUUGGUUGGAUGAUUUGGUGGCUCAAUGUGAAGCGGAUGGUGAACUGAUAUUCGAAAUCGACGACACUGAACAACUUGAUGAACAUGACGAACUGGCUUUGGCAUUGGAUGAAGAACAAGAAGAAAAACAACAACAACAAGAAGAUGAUGAUGAUGAUGAUGAUGAAGAAAUUAUAGUGGUGGAUGACGAUGAUACGUUGGACACUCAUCAAAUUCAGGUGAUGGCUUGA